ACGCGCACACGCAGACGAGGCCAGCAGAAGGAGCGACAUUCAUCGCUUUCAGGCGCGAAACCGGCAGGAGAGCCGGAACCGGCCGUGAAAAGGGUCAGUGUCCGCGCUGGGCUGGUCCGGCCCCUUCCUCCUCCCCCCUCAGCGAAAGCUGCACAGCUGGCAGCCACGGACGCUGUGAUCCGGAGCUGGGGGGUGGUGGUGGGGAGGUGGGGGCAUCUACGCGCAGACUGAACUCGGUUUGAUGGACGACGCCAGUUAACGCGGCUCCGCGGGUAAUUCUUCAUGUUUUUGUGGUGAGAGCGCUUUAUUCCAUCGGACUUUAGGACCCCCCACCCUCCAUCAGUCCACUAACACAGCUGAAGUAAAACCAUGGAGACCUCAGAACGCAGGAAGCAGCUAGCCUUCAGCUUGCUCUUUGGGUUGUGCUUUCCUUGUUGUUUGGCUCAGACUACAACCACAGCUCCAACCAGAGACACCCCCACACCGUCCUCUCAGGCCAGGAUCAAGGUCAGACUGGCCGGCUACCCUCGGAAGCACAACGAGGGCCGCGUUGAGCUCUUCUACAGAGGAGAGUGGGGGACCAUCUGUGACGAUGACUUCUCUUUGGCAAACGCCAACGUGCUGUGCCGCCAGCUAGGCUUCGUCUCCGCCACAGGAUGGACCCACAGUGCCAAGUACGGAAAAGGCCAGGGUAAAAUCUGGCUGGACAAUGUUCUCUGUAACGGAGGAGAAAAGAGCAUUGACUCCUGCAAGUCUCGCGGGUGGGGCAACAGUGACUGCACUCACGAUGAAGACGCUGGCGUCAUCUGCAAAGAUGAGAGGAUUCCCGGCUUUGUGGAUUCCAAUAUUAUCGAUGCGCAGGUGGAUGAGUUCAAAGUGGAGGAGGUGCGACUCCGUCCAGUUGUGGGCACAACUCGCAAGAAGAUGCCCAUUACUGAGGGGGUGGUGGAGGUGAAGCACAGGAACGGCUGGGCUCAUAUCUGCGACCUGGGCUGGACCGUCCAAAACACCAGAGUCAUCUGCGGCAUGCUGGGGUUCCCACAUGAGCGGAAGGUCAACAAAAACUUUUACAAAUUGAUGAAAAGGCGAGCAGCGGAGACGGUCUCCGGUCCGAAGCGGUUCCCCUUAGCCAGUGGAAGGCUGACAUCUAAAGCUAAAGCUAAUUCUGUGCAGAGCCGCCCUGGACAAAGGCUGUACUUGGAGCGUCAGAAGAACCAUAUCCUCGUCCACUCUGUGUCUUGUACUGGAACUGAGGUCCACCUGGCUGCCUGUCCCCUGGAGUAUGCCAAGCCCAACAGCACAUCGUCCUGCUUGGGGGGCAUGCCGGCUGUGGUCAGCUGCAUGCCGGGGCCGCUGUUUCUGCAAAACAGCAGCCUGAAAAAGAAAGUGAAAGUUUCGGCCAAUGUGAGGCUGAAGGGAGGAUCCAGGGUGGGAGAGGGCCGAGUGGAAGUGCUGAGGGACCGUGACUGGGGAACAGUGUGUGACGACCGCUGGAACCUGCAGUCGGCCAGUGUGGUCUGCAGGGAGCUGGGCUUUGGCACCGCCAAGGAGGCUCUGACGGGGGCCCGCAUGGGACAGGGAAUCGGUCCCAUCCACAUGAACGAGGUCAAAUGUGUGGGUCACGAGAGGUCCAUCUGGACGUGCCCCUACAAGAACAUCACAGCCGAGGACUGCCAGCACACGGAGGACGCUGCUGUUCGCUGCAACGUGCCCUACAUGGGCCUGGAGAACUCGAUCCGAAUCACCGGAGGGCGGACCCGCUAUGAGGGCCGAGUGGAACUACUGAUCCCGGACUCAAACGGGACUCAGGGGUGGGGUCUGAUCUGUGGUGAGACCUGGACCACCAAGGAGGCUUCGGUGGCCUGCAGACAGCUGGGCCUGGGUUACGCUAACCAGGGCUUGCAAGAAACCUGGUACUGGGACAGCAGCAACGUGACCCAGAUGGUGCUGAGCGGGGUGAGGUGCACAGGGGAGGAGAUGUCUUUGAGCCAGUGCCAGCACCACAAAACUGUCAGCUGCCAGAAAUCUGCGGCAAAGUUUGCAGCCGGAGUCAUCUGCUCUGAGACGGCCUCUGACCUGGUCCUGAACGCACCCCUGGUCCAGGAGACGGUCUACAUUGAGGACCGCCCUCUGCACAUGCUCUACUGCGCCGCCGAGGAGGACUGCCUGUCCAAAUCUGCCGCCAAGGCCAACUGGCCGUACGGACACCGGCGCCUGCUGCGCUUCUCCUCAGAGAUCCGUAACAUUGGCCGUGCAGACUUCAAGCCAAAGGCUGGCCGGCACUCGUGGGUGUGGCACGCCUGUCACGGCCACUAUCACAGCAUGGACGUCUUCACGCACUACGACCUGCUCAACGCAAACGGCACCAGAGUGGCCGAGGGCCACAAGGCCAGCUUCUGCCUGGAGGACACCGACUGUCAGGGGGGCGUCUCCAAACGGUACGAGUGCGCCAACUUUGGAGAUCAGGGCAUCACUGUGGGCUGCUGGGAUUUGUAUCGUCACGACAUCGACUGCCAGUGGAUUGACAUCACAGACGUCAAGCCUGGAAACUACAUCUUUCAGGUGGUCAUUAAUCCCAACUAUGAAGUGGCGGAGAGCGAUUUCUCCAACAACGCCAUGAAGUGCAACUGCAAAUACGACGGCCAUCGGAUCUGGCUCCAUAACUGCCACCUGGGUGGGGCUCUCAGCGAGGAGGCAGAGAGGUUAUUUGAGAAAUACCCCGGACAGCUCAACAACAAGGUUUCCUAACCGGCGCCGUACGGCUGAACGAGCCGCUCCACGCCGAGCGUUCGUCUUCAAAGCCUCGCUUCCCUUUCCAGCUUUUAUAACCACGUCUGCUUCCAGUAACCGUCAGAUGAAGCCUGGCUCGCUUUCCAGUAGAACUGCACUCGAGUGCCGAGCAGGUCUGGGACGGAUCUGCAGAGGCUAACCCCCCCUCAACGGAAACUCCCCGCCGCAUCAUCUGCUCCUCCAAGUCUCUGAAAAUGUUGGAGGAACAAGCAGCAGCAUUUUUCUGAAGUAUUUAUUUUCCAUGUGGAGGGGCGGGGUGGGGGGGACGGGUUCUCAGAAACUGCAGCUCACUCAUGAAGCCUGUGUGUGUGUGUGUGUGUGUGCGUGCACAGAUGUAAUC